CAAAAAAAGAAAGAAAAUAGAAGGCAAAGAAAAGUGUUGUUUCGUCAGAGUGGAGAGAAACUCCGAUUUCUAUUGCUUUUUUGUGUUUGCUAACAAAUUGGUCAGUGGCACUGGGCCACACGUACGCAGGGAAUUGCAACUGCCGACCAACGAUAAGCUCGUGUUGCCCAUUUCCUUUGCUCCCUGCCGUUUUGUUGCCCAUCGCCGCCUUUCGUGGAUGGAACAGCGUACUACCGCUGGACGACGUGGAAUUGUGCGUUCUGUGCUGUUGGUGGUUACGUGUGACGAGAUUCCGAAGGCCAGCAGCAGCAACAGCAGCAGACUUGCGUGUGGCAAGAUUUAUUUCGUCAAUCAUCGUUAGUGGUGUCUUACGGCCGCUUAUCAAGGUGUAAUCCACAUUCCUUCGAUAUUGGUGCUGCAUAUUCCGUUCCAGACAAUCUGCUCCAAGUGCCCACCUGUGUAUCCGAACGCGCGCGUGACAGUGUGUGCGUGUGUGUGUGUGUGUGGUUGUGCAUUGUUUCUUUUUCAGUUUUGUGACGGGGCAGUGUGCUUUGCCCCUUUAAAGCCUAUUCGAAAAGCAUUCCUGUUACUUUGAAACCAAAAGCCGGGAAAGUACCCGAAAAGCAAGGCAACAAAAUUCCAGUACAUAGAAAACAGGCGUAUUAAAGCAACAUAGCCAUGGAUAAAUUUAUCAGCAUGUGGAAAGUGCGAGAACUCGCCGAUAAAGUUACAAAUGUGGUGAUGAACUACACAGAAAUUGAGGGUAAGGUACGCGAAGCAACAAACGAUGAACCGUGGGGUCCAACGGGACCACUGAUGCAAGAACUCGCCCAUGCCACCUUCACGUACGAGCACUUCCCGGAGGUGAUGUCGAUGCUGUGGAAGCGUAUGCUGCAAGACAACAAAACGAACUGGCGGCGAACGUACAAAAGUCUGCUGCUGCUCAACUACCUGGUGCGCAAUGGAUCGGAACGCGUCGUUACCUCGUCGCGGGAGCACAUCUACGAUCUGCGAUCGCUAGAAAACUAUACCUUCGUGGAUGAGUUUGGCAAGGAUCAGGGCAUUAACGUGCGGCACAAGGUACGUGAGCUGAUCGAUUUCAUCCAGGACGACGAUCGGUUGCGGGAGGAACGCAAAAAGGCGAAAAAGAACAAGGACAAAUACAUCGGCAUGAGCUCGGAGGCGAUGGGGAUGCGGUACGGUGGCAGUAGUGGUGGUGGUGGUGGUGGUGGAAUGGAUUAUGGUGGCUAUCGCGAUAGCUACGAUCGACGAAGUGAGGAUCGAUAUAACGAAGCGAGGGACCAUCACGAAUACGACUACCAGUACGAAGGGGAAAGGGAAGAUUCCGACGAUGAAUCGAACGGACCGCAGCAGGAUCGUGCCAACCGGUACCAGGACCGGGAACCGUCGAAAAGCCCUGCCACGCGUCAAUCGUCCAGUUUGUCUACCGGUUCCACGACGGCGUUCGGAAGUGGUGGUGGAACAGGAGGCAGUGAGCGGAAGAUAAAUCUGAACAUUAAACCUACCGUCGGUAGUAGCACGACGUCGACCACCGCCAGUAGUACACUCCGAAGCGCACAGAAAACGACCAAGAAAAUUGAUCUCGGGGCUGCAAGCGGAUUUGCAAAGACGGCAGCAGCAACGGCCGCCUCAUCCCCAGCAACUGUUGAUCAGUUUGGCAUCAAUUCCCCAACCCAUCGCAAUACGCACGCCGAAGAGAUAGUAGGCACUGGUGGAGCCAGCUCUUCGGGCAAGCAGCAGGAUGUUCUAGAUGAUUUGUUUAAAACUUGUCCCACAAAAACCCCGUCCACGUCCGGUGGUAGCAGUGGCGGCGGCCUGCUCGAUGAGGACGAUUUCAAUCCACGUGCUGCGGAAGAUUUCGGAGAUUUUGAAUCGGCCUUCGGUGCAAAUACUGGCAAAUCGGCGGUAGUGACGGCCACGAAAGGAGAUGAUUUUGCGGACUUUGCUGCCUUCGGAACGGAUCCCGUACAGCAGCAGCAGACGACGGUGAUGACACCGAAAGCAGCGGAAGCGAAUGCCGAUCUUUUGUUUGGCCUAAAUGUUGGAGCUACCGGUGCUGCGGGAACAUCGAACAAUGGUGUCGGUGGUGCGCAAAUGGAUAUUCUUUCCGAUCUGAGUGGACUGUCCCUUGGCACCACUACCUCAAAUGCAUCCAGUGUCAGCUACCACACCAACAUCAUCGUAUCUCCGAGCACCCACUAUCGAUAUAACGAUCUGCUGGCCAGUGUUCGUUCACUGCCCUCUACACAACACGGCCGAACUAUUCAACGCGACGCAGAGCGUGAGCUAGUGAACGAAAAGUUAGCCCUGCUGCUCGAAUGUCUCCCGCCACCGGUCCAACCGACCGAUGUACUGUGCACAGAAUGGGACCGGUUUGCAGCCGAAGCGUAUCCGAGCUUGCUGGAGGAAGUGAUCCCGCUGAUGGGGCAUCUGCAACUGUCCCAUCUGCGUCGUCUCGUUACACUCGAUGCAAGCGCUCAUUUUCCGUGCGAAGCGAUCAAUGCUUUGACCCAGCGAUCGGUCUUACAGGGUGCGACGUGUGAUACAGCGUUGAAGCUGCUGGCCUAUCUAAUCGAGGAUGAUUCCGUGUUGCCAGCAGCCUUCAUCAAAUUGACGUUAGCACGAAAGGACGAUAAUCACACUGUUGAUUACAGCCAGCUUCUGCAACUCCUAUCCGCUAUUCCUAACAAGGUCGCUAAUGUCCUGAAAGCUAAAACGCCCGAAAAUCUUUUACCCUCGGCCUACAGUAAGACGCUGUACCGACAGUUCAUGCGUACUCUCGUAACCUUAAACGACGCUGUUCUGUAUUACGAGAAAGAGGAAGACCUUGUUACAAAACCUGCGCUGCAAGACGCCUGUUUAACUGCCCUGUUCAACAAGCUCGUGAUCGAUUAUCACCAGGAUCGUCGCUCUCCAACGUUGCGUGCUGUACUGUAUCUGCUUGUGGACGGAAUCUCCAGGAUGCCAGUAAUGGCUAAUUUCAUAAGAGAAAUAUUCGCAAACUUAACACCGACAGCGAUCGAAACUGUAGCCUUCGUUGCCCUCAACGAGCGUAUCGAUCUCUCGCCAAUCUUUGAGCAAUCUACUCCUAGCAGCAGCUGGUCGUAUGUGUUGUUGCAGAAAGUUCCUCUGUACAAUUACUAUCCCAACAAUGAUACGAUCAUCCACGAAUUGAUUCACUUGUUAACGAAAAUGCCCUUAACUAAUGCAACUAAUGAAACUGCUCUGGAACGAUUAGCGCAACAGCUGCUAGUGGUGUGGUCAAGUCGAGCCGCGAUUCAACGGACCAGCUUCGAUCAGCAUCUCUACGUGACGAAACUGCUACUGGCUGCCGUUACAAGAACAAUUGAGAAUGACGCGCGUUGGUCCGCUAGCGUCAGUGACACGUAUCGAAGAAUGCUGUUCGAUGGCUUAAAAGCCCAUUUGGAAUCUCCGAUGAAAGAUGUUCGCUGCAUCGGUAUGAUAACAGUGGAGAUCAUCAUGGGAUUGAUCGAUGAAAAGCGCGCCCCAAGCAACAAAUCAACCAGCGAGAAAGAUGCUGAAAAUCGGCUACGGUUUGACUAUGAAGGGUUUGAUGCAGACACACUUGGCAUGAUAGAGAACUUGAAGAACAUUGUGCAACAUAGAAACGCUUUAGAUCGAGAGCGAAAAGAGCGAUACGCGGACGAAGAAAUUAUCCUGCAAGCGUUUAAAGAGUUGGCUCAUGAUGUAGCGCAAGCAUCCGGUGACUCGCAGGAAAUAGUUGUACGAGAGCAAGUAGAAACGAGCGUGGUUAGCAUCAUUCCGCCGGUAGCCGAUAGCGACGAUGAAGAAGAGCGCGACGACCGUCAAUCGCUGGAUUCCGAUGAUGACGAUGAUCUGCCCGUUUACGACAUGUCCAACGACACUAAGCUCGACCACGAGCGGUACCGGCCAAAGUAUCUGCUAGAUUUGCGUGAUGUUCUCAUAGAUGCGGAUGCAGGCAAAACUCCGGAACGGUUUGAGCUUGCCGUUGAAUGUGCACCCGAACUGAUCGCCCAACAGUUGCCCAGCAAUGACGCGAAGCUGGCGCUAGACCUGUUGCAAAUUUUCCUUUCGCUAGAGGAAAAAACUCAUAUGCCCACGUUCGGUGAGCGAAAGUUUAGCGCGCUGGUCGAAAUAUGUGUCGCCUUUCCGAAAGAAUGCGCCUCAUUUCUCUGCCAACAGUUCCAUGCCGAGGUUAGCCGUUACGCGGUGAAUAGUCGCAUAUACAUGCUUGACGUCAUGACCGAGGUAGCAAAAGUGCUUUCGAACAAUCGCAGAGAGGAGAACGGAUCGUUGUCGGAAGAAAGGGUGCGAUCAGUGGAGGCCGAGUCGAUCGCACCGUCGAUAACCAACAGCAACAAAAAUCAACUUUUGUUAAUGUUCCGCGACGAAGCAGAACACCGGACACGGCGCGAGGAAGCCGAACGGAUCGUACGGGAACGAAUCGAGCGCAAAACAAGACGCUUUCGGUCGGCCUAUGCUAAGAUCCGCGAAAGGGCAAUAAAAGGCACGAUCAAUCGGUACGGUGAGGUGGCCGGCUGGUUCUUCUUUCCCCUGAUACGUGGUUUCGGCGGCAACAAGUUUAUCUUCACGGCCGGGCUCAAAUUCCCGUACGAUGCGGAAAAUCUGCUGCUCGUCAGCUUCCUGCAAGCCCUGUCCGUGCUUAUGGUGUGCGCCGAACAGUGUCCCAUUGCGGCCCGAAUGGCAAGGGAGCUGUUUACGCUCGCGAAACUGUUGCGCUACAGCGAGGAACCGAAGGUGCGACUUUCGGUGAUGCAACUAUUGGCGGCCAUCUUUUUAGCGAUCCGGUCCGAUCUGCUGCAGGUACAGUUCUACGAGGAGCUGGUGGAGCUUAAGGACUGGCUCGAGCAGUGCACACAGAGCGACGUUGUUCGGCGCGGUGAAACGAAUGAGGAAUGCCGUCAGCUAGCGCGUCAUCUGCUUGCCAUGUGUUACGGCGCACUCGUAGAAGAACGGACAUGAGUGUACGGGAGAAGGUUGCAGUGCGAAAAAAGUGUUUGAAUUAUUGUUGAUGAUAUGUAACGUGUUCUGAAUUAAUAACAUCGAGCUUUUUUAAAGGCGUGAGAUAAGAAGAAACAAACAGCAAACAAAAA